AUGCUUCUCCUGAAUCAACCCUACAAACAAGACUCUUGGAAAGUGGCAAUAGCCCUGUUCAUCCUUCAACUCAGGAAGCAAUUGCAAGAAAUGAUAGAAGGUGAAGGGAAGGAAAGGAGGAUUGAAGAUGAAUUUGAACCCACCAUUCUUUCCAAUAAAUACAAAACUGAAAAAGGUGAGUACAUUCGGGAGAUAGAUAUUCCAGAAAGAAUCCAGAUAUCUGAGGAAUGCACUGGUCCUCCACCGACAGAUGAAAUGAUUAUAGAAGAGGAGAUUUUAGAAUUUAUGCAUGUCCAGAAAUUAGAUGUACCAUUUAUUGCUAUGUAUAAGAAAGAGGAGUGCAUGAGCCUUUUUAAGGAUCUAAAGCCACAAGAUGACAAGGAAAGUGAAAACAAAUCUGAGAAAAAACCAACGCUGAAGUGGCACUAG